AUGGAAGACGAGGACUACGUGGUGGCGGCGGCCGCGGGGGCCGCUGGCACACGAGGUGCUCGCCGCCUCCGCCGCGACGCGGUGAGGCACAGAGCAUGGAGAGCCGAGCGCAUCGGCGCAUUGGGCCAUCGCGUUGCUGUCAGGGCCUCGGCGACGGAGAGCGGGGCCGAGGAGGACGAGGCCGGGGCGGCGUUCAAGUGGAAGUGGAACAUAGACGGAGGGGAGCUCUUCGAGGAAUGCCUCCGCAGGGCCAAGCUGGAGGGGCAUCUGCCCGAUCUCAUGCGCGGCUGCCCUUUCAGCGGGCAGACGGCCCUGACGCGGAGCAUGCUGCGCGCGCUGACUCUUCCUUACGUGACACGGGCUCUCAACGGCGACUUUCCAGGAUCAGACCUGAAGGCAGCGGAGGAGGCGCACAUCGCCAGUCUGGACGCGUAUUGCCGCAAGCAUUGGGCUCCGACGGGGCAGGUGGCAAAUGGCCGAUGGCCGGGCGGCGCAGGCCACGGUGGGGCGCGCCUCUCUGAAGCAGAGGGCGAGCCGCGCACGGGGCGCGUGGAGAGCGCUGCCUCUAUCGCUGCAGCGCAGAUGCGUGCCAACGUGCGGUCGUACAACGCGGAAGAGGAGAAAGCUCUCCGCGUCUGCCGGAUCGAGUUUGCGCCCUAUCCGUCGGGCAAAUACAACAAGUUGGAGGGAGAGGACGGGCCGGGCAGAGUCGCGGCCUAUGAACAGUGCCGCAAGGACCUGCCUGCGCUCUCGUCCUGGUCGGACGACGAGAUCGAGGCGACCUUCACGUACAUGCAGUCCACGCCCUCCGAACUGCUCUUCAACUCGCCGAUAGGCCCUUUCCUGGUGUUGUCCGGCCUCUCUAUAUGGCGAGACGGCAUGGCGACCUGGGGCAUCCCGCCCUGCAAGACGUACCUAGAUCUCUGCGAAGCCCUCCCUACAUUCCAGCUCAACGUGAUGGGAAGCUGA